AUGAAGCCAGAUCGUUGGAGAGCACUUCAUGGUAUUGCCCUGCCCCCACUCUCAAACUACAAUAAAGCUACAGCAGUGACAGGUCUCUGCACCAGAGCGCCCUCUAGAGGAGAUGUGGAGACCUGCACCAGAGCGCCCUCUAGAGGAGAUGUGGAGACCUGCACCAGAGCGCCCUCUAGAGGAGAUGUGGAGACCUGGACCAGAGCGCCCUCUAGAGGAGAUGUGGAGACCUGCACCAGAGCGCCCUCUAGAGGAGAUGUGGAGACCUGCACCAGAGCGCCCUCUAGAGGAGAUGUGGAGACCUGCACCAGAGCGCCCUCUAGAGGAGAUGUGGAGUCGGAGGAGGUCAGUCAGAGGAAGUCGGUCAGAGGAGGUUGGUCAGAGGAGGUCAGACAGAGGUCAGUCAGAGGAGGUCUGUCAGAGGAGGUCAGUCAGAGGAUGUCAAAGGAGGCCAGUCAGAGGAGAUCAGACAGAGGAGGUCAGACAGAGGAGGUCAGUCAGAGGAGAUCAGACAGAGGAGGUCAGUCAGAGGAGGUCAGUCAGAGGAGGUCAGUCAGAGGAGGUCAGUCAGAGGAGGUCAGACAGAGGAGGUCAGUCAGAGGAGAACGUGCCUCACACAUCGCCCACCCAACCCGGAGCCUGAAGGGACCCGCUGCCUUCACGAUCCAACAACAACAGAACAAAAAGUCCGCGGUGGAUGUUCUCUGUGCUCAGGCUGCGAUCGCUCUGAGCAGGAGUGGAUUUGGAGGCUCUGGAGAUCUGUGA